GGCUGAUUCGAGGGUGGGCGGCGAGCGGCUCGCGUCCGCGUCCGCGUGGGCGGACCCGAAGAUUGCCGCCGAGCGUCCGAGCCAUUUCUCCUCUCCACCGUCCUCCGUCCCGAAGAUUGCCGCCGAGCGUCCGAGCCAGUUCUCCUCUCCACCGUCCUCCGUCCUCUCCGCCGCCUGCACCCGCUCCUCUGCACCCCUGUGCGCCGCCUGCCCACGUUCCUCUCGGCCCCCGUGCGCCGCCUGCCUCCGCUCCUCUCCGCCCCCGUGCGCCGCCUGCCCACGCUCCCGGCUCCUGUCCGCCCAACUUGCGGGUUGUUGAUGUUUAACACUUGAGCUAUGUGUUGGAGAGGCCAUGGCCCCCUCUUGCCUGUGCAAAGCUCCGUCGUUGAAGAUUGAGCCACAUCUUCGAUUUAACAUCAUUAUCACUCCUUCAAGCAAUCUACUUAAUAUUGAACUUUUAAAGCUUCGAUGAAUUUCCUGAUUGUACCUAUUUAUUAUGCUUGGAUAAUUCACUCUUGACAAUUUUCUUAUUUCAUCCAGUUUUUUUCCAAGAAUGUGCAAAUGAAGAUCAUAAAGCGCUUGCCCAAGAACGUCCAUAGCUCCCUGCACUCAAGCAUUAUUCUGUCUGACCUACCAAGGGUUGUUGAGGAGUUGAUGUAUAAUAGCAUUGAUGCAAAUGCGACCAAGAUUGACAUCGAAGUCAAUGUUAGAGCAUGUUAUGUAAAAGUCGCAGAUGAUGGUUGUGGUAUUACUCGAGAUGAAUUAGUUCUCUUGGGAGAAAAAUAUGCAACAUCCAAGUUCCAUAAUGGCAUGGGUUUCGGGGAACUUAGUUCUAGAACUUUCGGACAAAAUGGAGAAGCACUCGCGUCACUUUCUGAUAUCUCUGUGGUUGAAGUUAGGACAAAAGCUCGUGGGAGACCAAAUUCAUACUGCAAGAUAAUAAAGGGGUCCAAAUGCUUACAUCUAGGAAUAGAUAACCAGAGGGAAUUUGUCGGCACCACAGUUAUUGUUCGGGAGCUUUUUUACAAUCAACCGGUACGGAGGAAACAAAUGCAAUCUAGUGAGAGAAGAGAAUUAUAUAAUGUUAAGAAGUGUGUCCUGCAAAUUGCGCUUAUUCAUCCACAGGUUUCGCUCAGACUUCUUGAUAUUGACAGUGAAGAUGAGUUGCUGUACACAACUCCUUCAUCAUCCCCUUUGCCCCUUAUAUCAAAUAGUUUUGGGGAUGAUGUCUCUAGAUGUCUUCAUGAAAUAGCGAUCUCUGAUCAGGACUGGGUUCUUUCAGGGCACAUAUCUGCACCAACAGAUUUGUUCUGUACGAAGGAUUUCCAAUACUUGUACAUCAACUCAAGAUUCGUGAAUAGAAACCCGAUCCACAAUAUGCUUAAUAAUCUGGCAGCUAGUUUUCAGUCUUCUUUGAUAAAGAGGAAUGAAGAAAUUGAUGUUCGGAGCAGGAAGAGGCAGAAGACUGACGUCUACCCUGCAUAUCUGCUAAACUUGUGCUGCCCUAGAUCUAGCUAUGAUCUACAUUUUGAGCCUACAAAGACCAUUGUAGAAUUCAAGGAUUGGCAAACUGUCUUGUUUUUCUUUGAACAAACUUUCACAAACUACUGGAAGAAGCAUGCACUGCAAUCACCAGAAGACAAAGCUUCUGCUGAUGGUACCCAUGUGCCUCUUACAAAUGAUGUGAAACUGAAUCAGGGCCUCCUAAAGCAUCAUAAUGUGCAGAACAAGGAAGACUAUGUUGAAUUCCAAAGCACUCAGCAGAAGAAUGCAGUCAGAGGCACCAAUUGGGAUAUGAAUGCCACAGCAGCACUAAAAGACUUGCGCCACAUUUCGUUUGAUACGGAGCCAUCCAUACGUCAUGUCUCCUUUUCAGAAAGGAUCACUAACACAUCCCAACACAACGACAAUGUUGCCACUAUUGAUUUCAAGACUGGGUAUAAGCAAAUGCAUUCUCCUGAAAGUGGCAUUUCUCGGUGGUUGGAGGAUGGUACUUCUCAGUUAGACGAUGAUCUUUCGAGUGUUAAUCCAACUGCUUGGAAAAGACGAAGAACAGAAGGUAUAUUUCAUGAAUAUGCAUAUUCUGGUAAUUUUGGAAUGUCGGAAGAUGUACCAACUGAAGGUUUUUUACCUCAUGAACAAGAAUCUGAGUUGAUUGGUCCAGGACUUGAAAUCCAAGAAUCUUGCUUCAGGGCUCUCAGUAGACCAACUAGAAUGACCUGUGAUCUCGUUCAAAAUCAAACCAAUGUAAAGGAACACACAUCGGGCUGGGAUGGAUUCUAUGUCGAGUUUGACAAAUUAAAUGAAGAUUGCCUACUCAAUGAAGCCACAGAGACAAUCACUGAUAUUUCUUACCCUGAGAUGUCACAGUUGAGUGAUCGAUUUUAUCAUGAUGAUGGUAGCAGCAGCACCUGCAGAGGCUUCUGUAGAGUUUUGAGAAAGUGCAGCACCAGUAAGAAGUUAGGGAAUGCAGCUGGACGUGUUGAAGGCUUUGAUGCUGAUACUGUUAGCCAGAUGAACUUCCCUGAUAUCCAUGCUCCGUGGGACAGUGACUUCAUGGAUAGAUCCUCCUUCAAGUAUACUCACCAUCAUUUUCCCCAUCCAUUCUCGUUGGCUGAUACACCUUGCAGUCAUGCAAGGACUGACUUGAAAUUUCACAGGAGAUCAAAUAAAAGCUUUGGUUUUUGGAACUGCAGAAAAUUUGACAGCGAUCUUAGAUUUACUUUGGACAAAUUUAACAAUGAUUCGUCAAUAAUAUGUGAAGGGACUAAACAUUUGGAUAACUUUGACAAUGAAACACAGCUUCUUAAGUACUUCAAUAAUGAUUGUUGUUCUACCGACCAGUUUGGUUCUGAAGAUGAUCUGAUAACUUGGAAAUCAAAAUUUGACGUGAGAUUGCCAGAUGAUAAUUCUCCUGAGAAAAGUGCUAAUGGUUGCCAUGUGAAUGUCCCUUCUUCUCAAAUGGCGAAUGGCAGCACGCUUACUCAAGAUCCGCUGAAUCAACACAACUUUGGAUGCGAUCAGCGAUACAGGCCUUCCAAGGGUAAUAGGAGUCAUUCUGCUCCACCAUUUUAUAGAGGUAAACGGAAAUUCUCUAGAUUAAAUGAGCCGCUGACCACAGAUGGUGACAAAGAUAUCUGCAUUAACAACCCAGAAGAUAAUGCACCAACACCUGUGGAUAUCUCACCUAUGAGCGCAGCGCAGCCUAUUCCUGAGACUGAUAGCAGUGAAUGCCGAGACCUAAAUUUCAGCUCGAAUGGGUUUGUGAAAAUGUGUGAAGAUGCGUGUUCUGAUGGGCUUGAAGAUUCUUCUGCUCAAAUAAAAUGGCGAGAUGACUCUGGCCAGCAUACAGCUUUGGAGUUGCCACAUAGUCCUUUCAGAUGCUAUGAUGAUGUACUUAGCAUUUCUUCUGGGACCUUACAUCUCUCUUGUAGCUCACUAGUUCCUGAAUGUGUUGACAAGAAUUGCUUUGACGAGGCAAGGGUUUUGUUGCAGCUGGAUAAGAAAUUUAUUCCCGUCAUAUCUGGGGAAACAAUCCUCCUUGUUGAUCAGCAUGCAGCUGAUGAAAGGAUACGUUUGGAAGAGCUCCGUAACAAGGUUUUAUCAGAAGAAGGCCAUGGAAUCACUUACUUGGACUCUGAGGAGGAAUUAGUAUGUCAUAUUUAUUUGUCAGCAUUUGCUGCAUUAUGUCAAUAUAACAUUUGUGAACAUGUUUUCAUACUAAGAUGUGUCGUAUUUUACCCCAUUUGUUUUCAGUCUCUCCCUGAGACUGGGUUUCAGUUGUUCCAGAAGUAUGCCGAGCAGAUUCAGAAAUGGGGUUGGAUCAUCAACAGUUGUAGCAAUUCCUCUGAAUCAUUCAAAAAGAACAUGAACAUUCUGAGGAGACAAGCCCGUCUUGUUACUCUUGUUGCUGUUCCAUGUAUUUUGGGUGUCAAUUUAACAGGGAAAGAUCUUAUGGAGUUUAUUCAGCAGCUUGAUGAGACUGAUGGGUCGUCAGCUAUCCCCCCAGCAGUUCUCCGUAUUCUUAAUUUCAAAGCUUGCAGAGGCGCGAUCAUGUUUGGUGAUCCCUUGCUACCAUCUGAGUGCUGUCUGAUUAUUGAAGAACUGAAAGCAACAUCUCUAUGCUUCCAGUGUGCCCAUGGGCGCCCGACCACGGUGCCCAUCGUGAACAUUGCAUCCCUCCACUACGAGUUGGCGAGGCUCGAAAUGCUGAGCGGGAGGCAGACAGAGACUUGGCAUGGCUUGGAGCACCAAGGACCCAACCUUGAGCGCGCUCAAACCCGCCUCAAACGACUGAGAAAGCUACGCCGUGGCCUGUAGCUGUAGGACAGUAGGAUAUUAUGUAAAUCACGAAAAAGGGAGUGUGUUUUGUAUAGUUUGUAGGUAGUGGAAUUCCGCUACUUUACAUACAUUAGACAUUCAUUCCUGACGAAGAGGAGAUAAAAUGGCGCCCAUCACCGUGUGUACCUGACGGGUGAUCACUGGGGUUUGCCAUGGCGUAUAUUGUUGUAAACUUGUACAUUGUGGUUUUUUAAGGACUAUUCAUAUCAUGUAAAUAUGUACAUCUGCAUCUAACCAUGCAGCAAUGUGAUUAGUUGAAAUUCAGAUGGCUGCGACAUC